UUAUUUGUGGAUUCAUUCUUAAUUCUUAUUGGAGACGCGAACCGUUUCAAACGAUUCCGUUCGUUUCGGUGAACUGGUUCAACCGACUCACUGAGAAGAACCGGUUAAAUCAAACGAUUCUUCCAUGAACCGGACAUCAGCGUGCGCUUGCUGUGUCUUCUGAGCUGUAGAAUUGAAAAUGCACAAGAGGACCCACACUGGAGGGAAACCUUACAUGUGUUCACACUGCGAUAGGAGAUUUGUUCAUAGAGCAACUCUGAAAACACAUGAGAGGACCCACACUGGAGAGAAACCAUACAAGUGUUCAUAUUGUGACAAGAGAUUAAUUUCUUCAGGACAACUGAAAACACAUGAGAGGACCCACACUGGAGAGAAACCAUACAAGUGUUCACACUGUGACAAGAGAUUCAUUCAGACAGCAACUCUGAAAACACAUGAGAGGACCCAUACUGGAGAGAAACCAUACAAGUGUUCAUACUGUGACAAGACAUUCAUUUGUUUAGGACAACUGAAAACACAUGAGAGGACCCACACUGGAGAGAAACCAUACAAGUGUUCACACUGUGACAAGAGAUUUGUUCAGAGAGCAAAUCUGAAAACACAUGAGAGGACUCACACUGGAGAGAAACCAUACAAGUGUUCACACUGUGACAAGACAUUCAAUUGUUCAGGACAUCUGAAAACACACCAGAGGAUCCACACUGGAGAGAAACCAUACAAGUGUUCACACUGUGACAAGAGAUUUGUUCAGACAGCAAAUCUGAAAACACAUGAGAGGACUCACACCGGAGAGAAACCUUACAAGUGUUCACACUGUGACAAGAGAUACCGUUUAUCAGCACAUCUGAAAACGCAUGAGAGGACCCACACUGGAGAGAAACCAUUCACAUGUGAUCUGUGUGGGAAGAGUUUCACACAAUCAACAAACCAUAAGUUGCACAUGCACAUCCACACUGGAGAGAAACCGUUUACAUGUGAUCUGUGUGGGAAGAGUUUCAUAAUAAAACGCAGCCUUAAAGAGCACAUGAACAUCCACUCUGGGGAAAAACCGUACACAUGUGAUCAGUGUGGCAAAGGAUUUGUAAGGUCUUCGGACCUAAAGAUUCACCUGACACUUCAUACAAAGAAGAAACGUCUGUAUUCAUGUUCUUUGUGUGGAAAGAGUUUUCCACUGCUGAAAAGUUUAAAAACACAUCAGAAAAGACAUACUGCCAAAAAAGCUUAUAUGUGCUUUGAGUGUGAGAAGACUUUUUUUACAGAUGAGCAUUUGAAAAUGCACCAGAGAACUCACACUGGAGAGAAACCUUACAUGUGUUCACAUUGCGACAAGAGAUUCAGUUCUUCAUCAAAUCUGAAAAAGCAUGAAAGGACUCAUACUGGAGAGAAACCAUACACAUGUGAUCAAUGUGGGAAGAGCUACACUGAAUCAUCUUCUCUACAGAGACAUAAAAAAUCAUCCACAGCCCGAAAUCAUAAUAUGUGUACAAGAAAGAAAAGUCCAAAGUUGUCACGGUGAAUAAAGUUCAAGACUUCAAGACUUUUCAAGAGAUUCAGAUCAACUCAUAGAUAGUUCCUUCCCAAAAGAACAUCAUCUAAUUGUUUUAUUCUUGUUUCUCAAUUUGCUUCAUAAUAUAAUCUCUCAUUAUGCUUUAUAAUUUCAAGUGAGAUUUUUUUUUUUUACUCCAUUUAUGAAAAAGUGGACUUUUUAGUCGUGUGGACAACAAAGUGACCUGAAGAAGAGUCCAUCUUAGUUUUAAGAAAGACAUUGAUCUGGUGUUUGUGUUUAAUUGUUAAUCUUAUAAUCUUAUAAAUGCUCGACCAUUUGUGAUGCACUUGGUUUGGUUGUAAAUCAAUAAUUUUCUCACAAAUUUUCAAGUAAUCAUGUAUUAAAUAAUCAUGUAUUUUAUCAACGUUUAUCGACCAUAUUUAAUGUCUAAUGAUGCUACUUUCGACAAUAGUUUAAUCAGUAUUAUUAUUAAUUUAAUAAUUUUUGGUUUAUCCGAAAGCCAUUACCUGAUACGAUUGCUUUUUAGACUUUUUUAUGUUUUAAAUGCCUUGAUAGAUAAAAUCUUACUGCCUGACACAGAUGAGACGCAGGUCUGAUUGUGAUGGUGCAGAAAAGUUGUACAUUUACUUAUACACUUCAAAUAUGCACGAGUUAUCAUAACCGAAGCUGAGAAAUUAAGUUUUAGUGAAUAUAAUCAAGAUCAUUUGAAAUCACUUGAAAAUACUUUACGGUUACAUUUUCUCUCUCUCUAUAUAUAUAUAUAUAUAUAUAUAUAUAUAUAUAUAUAAAACAAUGCAUUAUUUGAUCGAUUUCACCUCCUUGAGCCAUUAAUAUGUACCAUAAAUUACCAGUAAAACUGAUUUAAAAAAAUUGUUACCAGAAAAUGUAUUUGACACAUGAUUUUUUCCUGACACAGUUUAACUCUUAAGUUCUUGUCAUAUUUUAUUACAAUUUUCCCAGACUAUAGCGAGUAAACUGUGAUAAUAUGAGAAAUGCUAAAGGUGUCUGAAUAAAUUUAGGUUUGACUGUAUGUUGGCGUAUAUAAUACUUUAACAUUUUAAUACAUUUUUAAAAAUGCUAUUAAAUGAAAAUGUAAGAACUUUUAUUUUUGGCAAAGUUCUGCACAACAGAAGUAUAUUAAGAUACAACAUGGACAAAUACGAUAUUCCUUAAUAAUGUUUAAAUAAAUAAUUAUAAAGAAUAAUAUUAUUGGUGUUGAUAUAAUUUUAUAUUUCUGUCAUAAUUUCAAUUUAAAUCAAACUUUUAUUUUGACUGGUUGUAGCGGACCUUUGAGUUGCAGAAUGGAUUUUCUUCAAUAAAACUAGGAAAUGUUUAAGUUUUCUCUCAGCCCUGCUAAUGUUCAUGAUUAUGUAGACAUUUAAAACACUAUUAGCAUCAUACAAACUUCAGUGUGUAGUAAAUAAAACGGCACCAUUCAGAGACCUGCAGAAACAAGCAGAUUAUUUAUAUAGCAGUCUCUUUGUGCUUUAAUACUCACAGACACAUAUCUGCUUUUGCUUUAUCCAUACAUCAGAUAUUUAGCAUACAUGUUUAGAUAUGUAUGAGCAUCCAUGCAUGCACGAUUUGUGACAUCUUCGUUAUACAGUAAAUUCAAUUUUCACGACUACAGAUUAUUUAAUUUUCUAUGACUUGAUUAACGUGAUGAUAAUGAACUAUAUACUAUCAUGUAGUUUUAUCUCCUAAAAGUCUGUUAAAUGAUUGACAGAUUUUAAACUGAGGCCUAAAAGGGUUUUGUUAUCUUGUGGCUCCCUCUGGUGGACAACUUUAGUACUAUUGCCUACAUUUUCGUUCCUGUUGAGAUGAAUUAUUUUAUAAAUAAAAAUGAUCAAAAUUUUGAGUAGAAAUUGCCUGGUUUCACUGUUACACCAUGGUUCACUUUUAUAUCCUUUCUUUUCACAUUUCUCAGUUUUUUACUGUCAGAUUCAGAUCAGUUACUCCCCAAAGAACAUCAUCUUAAUAUUUUCUUGUAUAUUAUAGUGCUUCAUAUUCCAUCUCAUUAUGCUUUAUGAUUUUGUUAAACUUUUUGAUUUGUUUAACUCUUUAGUUUAAUAACUUUCUUAUAUAUAUUUAUAAAAGUGUACUUUUUUGGUAAAUGUAUAAUGUAGCUUUGCAACAGUGCUUUUGUUUGCUUCUCUUCUCUUUUCAAGUGGUAUAUUAAAUCAUGUAUUAAACUCAU